UGAUACUUAUGUCAAAGUUCAAGAGAAUUCCGAUAUCAUCUGGAAAUCACAACGAUAUACUUUGAUCACAGAAUUUGUAAAAAAACCUUCUUUGCCAGCACCAUUCAUAAUAAUAGCACAUUUUUAUCGACUAUUAAAAUAUGCUUGGGCUAAAUAUAGCCACCGCCAUAAGGAACAAUUGGAUGAUAAUACAACUACUAUCCAAAUAUCAAGAAAAAAUAUUAAUAUACCAAAAUUGGAAGCAUGGGAAAACUGGAUGGCAUUUACUUACUGGCGGAAAUUCGAGAUCUAUUUCGCUAAAGUAAAGUAG